UGUGCAACGUACAGCGAAGCAAGCUGCGUCUUUUUUAUCUUUUUUUUUGCGCCGCUGCUAACUAGCUAGAUAUGGUUAGCUCGCGGAGCUAGCUGGCUAGCAACGAAGUUGACAAAGUAAACAGUCGAUCUGGGCCGAAAUCGCCGCAGAAUUUGCGCCGCGAAGUUGCAUUUCGCAGUCGGCUCCUUUCGGACCGGAGAGUGGGGAUGCUUUGCGAGCUUUUCUGCCAGGCGGGAGUUGAAGAUUACAGCGUUGCGCCGAGUCCCCCCCCGUCUCUCCGCUAGCGCCAGAGCAGCCGCUGAAACAAGGAGAAAUGGCGUCCGCGGACGUGGACGGCAGUCGAAGCGGGUUUCUGCAACCCGGCGGCGCGGCGGAAACGCAGACUACAGAUAUGUCUGCAAUUCAGUUGACGGGGUCGGAUCGGUGGGAGGUGUUAACGCCCGUCUCGGCCGGGAAGGAAGAUCAGGGAAUCGUCCACAUCCAGAACUCUGGGAUCGUCACGUCCAAUGGGCAGUACAUGCUUCCCAUCGGGAGUCUCCCCAACCAGCCCAUCUAUGUUACAGCGUCUGGGAAUGAGGCACACAAUGGAGUGUCAGGCAUUCAGUAUCAGGUCAUCCCCCAAAUCCAAAAUGCAGACGGGACACUUACAGGUUUCACACACGGCCUGGACGACGGCACGGGGCAGAUCCACCUCCUCCAAGACGGCGGCCAGGGCAGCAUUGGAAUCAGCUGUGCCACGACGGCGAGCACAGACCUCCUGACGCAGGCGGGGCACGUCCACUCGAUCCAAGGCGUCUCGCUGUCCGGCGGGUCGGCGUACGCCGGCGCGGGGUUGCCCGGCAACAUCACGUUCGUCCCGAUAAACAGCGUGGACCUGGAGUCUCUGGGGCUGACCGGAGCGCACACGGUCCCCAUCGCGACCGGGGUCACCCCCGAAGGUCAGCUGAUCAUGGGCGGCCAGACGCUGGACAGUCACGGCCAGGACACGGGGGUCAAGCAGUCGCUGGUGACGGUGAGCGCCGCCAACCACGAACUCUACGUGCCGACCACCACUUCGUCUAACUCCUCCCAUCUUCCGGAGACCAUCGACGGCACCGGGGUUCUGACCCAGGCAACCGCCGUGUCCGCCGGCGUGUCCGACCCCUCCUCGGAGAACUUCAACUCCCACAACCACCUGCAGCAAAUUCAGGGCUCAUCUGCCAACGCCGCCACGAUCUCGCAGCCCAUCCUGCAGCUGUCUGGGGACAGUCACGCCCAGGUGGUUCAGGGUCAGGACCUGAAUGCAGGAGCUCAGACUCUCCAGAGUGUGCAGCUGGUCAACCCGGGGACCUUCCUCAUCCAGGCCCAGACGGUCACCGCCACGGGGCAGAUCCAGUGGCAGACCUUCCAGGUUCAAGGUGUCCAGUCCCUCCAGGGGCUUCAGUUCCCCCAGGGCCAGCAGCUGACCCUCGCCCCGGUCCACGCAGGCCAGGUCGGCCUGCCCAACCUGCAGACGGUCACCGUGAACUCCGUCACGCAGAGCGGAGUCCAGUACACGCAGGGCGACGACGCCCACAGCCCGAUCGGCAUCCAGAUAAAGGAGGAGCCGGACUCUGAAGAGUGGCAGCUGAGCGGGAACUCCACCCUGAACUCCAGCGACCUGAACAACCUGCGCGUGCAGGUCGGCGAGGAGGAAAUGGAAAUGCAGGGCGGGGAGGGCAAGCGGCUCCGCAGGGUCGCCUGCACAUGCCCCAACUGCAAAGAGUCCGGAGGGAGAGGGUCCGGCAUGGGGAAGAAGAAGCAGCACAUCUGCCACAUCGCCGGCUGCGGGAAGGUUUACGGGAAGACGUCUCAUCUCCGAGCUCACCUGCGCUGGCACAGCGGGGAGAGGCCCUUCGUCUGCAACUGGAUGUUCUGCGGCAAGAGGUUCACCCGGAGCGACGAGCUGCAGAGACACCGGAGGACGCACACGGGUGAGAAGAAGUUUGUGUGCACGGAGUGCGCCAAGAGGUUCAUGCGGAGCGACCACCUGGCCAAGCACAUAAAGACUCACCAGAACAAGAAGGGGACGGCGCCCGCCUCCACGCCCACCACCGAGACCGUCAUCACCGCCGACGGGACCACGCUCAUCCUGCAGACCGCCACCCACGACCUCCUAUCCAAUCAGGAGAUCCCGUUGCAGCUGGUCACCGUGGCGUCCGGUGAGGUCAUGGAAUGAGGAGGAGGAGGGGGGGGGGGUGAAUUGGGUGUUUUUUUUUGAGAACUGGCCUAUCACAGGGACCUCUUGGGCUUUUCUCUUUCCCCUCUAACCUUUUUUGUUGUUUUUUUACAUAUGAAUAUAUACGUAAAUAUAUAUGACAAAUAUAUAUAUUUUAAGAGUUAUCAUGACUUUGUGUUUGUUUUUUGCCGCCUUUUUAUAGGCGGGCUAAAAAUAAUAACAUUAAAAUGUGGUUGCUAUUUACACACGUACACACACACACACACACACACACUCAACACCCGAUAUGAAUACUCAACACAAUGAAAUGCCUUAUUUUGUAUCAUAAUCCUGUAUAAAAUGCUGGAGGUGCAUGUGUGUUUUUUAAGCUUUGCAGAUGUAACCGUAACGGAGAUAAAUGUGUGUGAAAUGGAGAUGACGAUGAUGAUGAUGAUAAGGGGGAGGAGUUUCUGAAAGAGAAAAAGAAGAAGCGAACCUCUCGGUCGUGAUUGAAUUGUCGUCGCUGAAGAGUUCUGGCAGCCGGCGCUGAGCUGCUGCUGCCUUGCUCGAGGGCAGAGGUCAAGAUUUUAGGAAUAACGUAUUUUUUUUUAUGUCAUUUUUUCUUGAAAAGUUAGAUGAGAAGAUUACGACCACUCACGGUAAAUGUGAAACUGCUGGUUGACUUGGCUCGGACCGGGAUCGGGCCCGGCUGUCCAAAGGGAACGCCGUCUGUCCGUCAGCACCUCCUCCACGCCGUGACUUAACGCAUCGCGUUUGAAGUACAAUAUGCAACCAUUUCCUUAAAAACCCCGUUUAGACUUCAGCGCGCGGCGGCGCCCUCCGCCCGCGUGUCCUCUUCCUUCUUGCCAUUGGCGUCCGGGCCGGUUCUCAUCCCACCGAGGCCCGCGGGCCUCCCGGGCCUUUGGUCUUUUCAUCUCGCUCUUCUCAAGAAAGCAAAUAAGUGUACUUCCCCAAAAUGUAGAACUUUAACAAACUGGUGAGGGGGGGGGUCAGAGGUCAGAGCAGGAAGCUGCUGUUUCUCACCUCGGGGAGGGGGGAUAGAUUCAAGCCUCUCUGAAGUAGAGGAACUUAUUCCAGCGUCCGGUCCGCCUGAACAGAACGACUCGUCGGUUUCACGAGCGCCGUCCGCCGUGCUCGUCCACGUCCAAAAAAAUUUCUAUCUUUUCUUUUCAUAUUGUCGUAAAUUCACAUUGCGCAUCGGUUUUCUGUGUCUCUCUCUUCGCCGAUCCGCUCGUCGUCUGACCCGACGCCUCACGGCGGCGGCGGCGUGCCGGGUCUCCAUUUUCCCACAGGACUCUUCGGGGACGCCCGCGCAGCAAUGUCGCCGCGUGAAGAAAACGAAUGCAAUGAAGCGUCAAGCCGGACGAUGUGGGAUUAGUUUCGCAAUAACGCCUCCGUCGGUUGUGGACGGAUGUCACUCGAGUCAAAAGGAAAACAAUCAAUCAUGCCAUUAUUUGUUUUAUGUUUUUAUUUUAAUUCAUGUAAUCCUUCCCUCGGUUCGUAGCGUUCAUUUAAGUGUAUAUUAUCUUAUUUUCACAUUGUUUAUAGAAGCCAUUACUUAGUUACCUGAACCCUAUUUUAAGUGAUUUUUUUUUUUUUUUUAAAGAAUUGGUGUAAAAAUUGAAUGUUACCUUUUGUAAAACCUUUUUUCAAAUGGAUCACAAUAAAAAGUCUGAAACCUU